UGAAAACACCUCCGAUCUCGGAUUCCCUCAGAGCCAGGAGCUCAGCAAACCAAUGUCUGUUUGCCGUCAUGUACCAAGCUCCUGUGGUCUUCCCGUCUCUGCGUCGAGAGGAAUCUCUCUUGCAAAUUGCUGAUUCCUUGGAUUAUCUCGACAAAGUAUUUGAAAGUAUUCACUGCAAGAUAAGUCACAAGGUCGAAGAGCAGGGCAAAGCCUUAGCUAGUUUGAACGAACGCGUGCAGGCAGCCUCCGUCAAAGUCGAGAAGCUGAAGGAAAACAAAAACAAAGCCACGAAAGUGUUUUCAGUUUCCCGGUAUCCGGCUGAAGAGGCUCGUCACAACCUCUCUGUGUUGCACCCACACACCGAGCACCAUGACCUGGAGAGACCGAAACACAGUCGCGGUGGCCCGGAGAUGGUACGCUUCCGUGAUGUCCUGGACGUGGACGCACUGCAGAUCAUGGAGGCAGUAAAUUACGAGCUGCGACACUCGGGCAGGCAGAGAAGCAAGUCCAAGACCAAAAAGGAUGACAGCGAGGGUGGAGAAGCAGAAGAGUACGAGAAAAGGAAACAUCAACUGUCCAAAUCAGUCAACUCUGUGUGUUCUCUCCUAGUGUUUGACAACAAUGACCUUGUUGAUCGGGCCGCCUUACAUCGCCGUAAGAAAGAAGUGGAAGAGCAGCAACACCUGGGUGAAGCACCGAUGUCGAUAUUGACUGGUGAGCAGCUGGAUCAGGUGGCAGCACAGAACUACCUGUACGUGCCGGGUGUGGUGGAUGUGCCGGAAUUCGACGUACCGCUUACCUUGCCCGACUUGCCGGACAUUGCCACGGAUUUGUCGUACGGCGCUGACUUACCGUCAAUAGCUCCGUCGGCCGGACUGCCCGAACUGCCGUCAAUACAGACGAGCGGCGAGGCCACUUCAGCGGGUGCCACUGGGCCGUCCGAAUCCUCCGCACCGCCGCCGCCACCACCACCAGACUCAUCCGCACCACCGCCGCCGCCACCGCCACCCCCUCCACCCACGGGUGUGGCAGCGGCACCACCGCCGCCUCCACCCAUGCCCGCAUCAGCACCGGACGAGAACGGCGGUGCAGCCGGUGAUCCUCUGCUGCCUGCGUCGGGAGAACAGGGCGGGCGUGGAGAUCUCUUACAGUCUAUUCGCAAUGCCGGCGGUGGACAGAUGAAGCUAAAGAGUGCCAAGGAACGUAAGCUGGAAAAGAAGAAGAAAGAGGACGAGGAGCCACCCACAUCCUCCGUCGGCGGCCUGUUUGCCAUAGCUGCGCUUCAAGCAAAGCUGAGAAUGCGUCGCGAAGGCAUCAGUGGCAAGAAGAAGCGCGGUGAGGAUGGUGAUGAUUUGGAGUCCGUAACAGAUAGCAGCAGGACACUGACUACUGCCAGUACUGGAGAUGACGAAGAUGAAUAUGACGAAGAUGAUUGGAAAUAGAACGACCAAGAUGAUAUUGUGCUGGCACAAUUUAGUCUGUUUUAGUCUUUUACAAUUUGUUGCAUUGCGUACGUAUU